AUGCGUACACUUCUCACAUCUACCCUGUUGCAAGUGGGCAGGGCCAAAUUUUCCUCGUCUUUAGGCUCAUCUCUACAUAAAGAUUUCUAUCCUGCCGCGCCCCGUGCUUUAAUGAAUUGCCCUAUUUUGCACUCACUCGAGGAAAACGUCUCCAGUAACAUUGGCACCUUCUAUUCUAUACCAAGUGCCAAUUUCUCCCGUAUAUUAACUCCAAUUGUCAAACCGGAGUUCGCCAGGCAGCUACAAGUGUUCAAUGAUUAUUCUUUCCUUAUUCGCCAACCGGCCAUUGAUAUGAUUCAGAAAAUAAGAAAAAUUCGUGACCUGGCAAACAAUUCUCACAGGGCAGCUGCCUCAGAACAUCUUCUAGCCGGGGCCAUUGUUCCUCGCUUUGUUCUGCAUGGACAGCCUGGUUCCGGCAUUUCAGUACAAAUGGCUCACGUCGCUCACUUUGCGGCCAGUGAGAAUUGGUUAAUAUUUCAUUUCAGUGACAAAGAGAAAUGGCUAGAUAAGAAUCCAGACAAAGUUCCUAGCUGUGAGUUACAUCAGAAGCAGCACCAAACUUCUGAGCAUCCUGGGAAUAUUUUUGAUCUCCCUGCCCGAUCUGUAACCUGGCUGAAUAAGUUUAUAAGCAUGAACAAGCCAACACUCGAGAAAUGGAAUCCUGUCUUGUCUCGGAGUGUUGAGUGGGCCUCCAGUGAUAUUUUGCCCAUAGGAACACCAUGGAUUGAGGUAAUAGAUUACGCUAUAAAGCGUUCCAAAUAUGCCAGCGAUUGCAUCGGGAUCCUGUUGAGAGAGGUAGAUGAUUCGUUUUUUAUUUAUCCCAUUCAUAGAAUAUUCAUACAUUUUACUUCUCUGUUUUAG